GUCAAUCGUGAUCUGAGUGGUGCACCAUAUUCAUCUUCGUUGCAGUGUCAACUGUAAUGACAGUCAUUUUGGCAGUUAUAAUCUCUACUUAGCCUACCAACGGACACAUACAUGUACCUCAAUACAAUUUCUACUGAAUUGCCAACUAUUAGCCGUCUGCUGCCUAUUUUCUGGCCCUACAGUCUUUCUAGCCAUCGGACAGCAGAAAACAAAGCCUUCUUCGUCUUCGCCACGCCCGUCAUCUCGUCUUCGCUUCGGCCGUCGUCUUGUCUUCGCUUCGGCCGUCGUCCUGUCUUCGCUUCGCCCGUCAUCCCGUCUUUCGCUUCGCCCGUCAUCCCGUCUUUCGCUUCGCCCGUCAUCCCGUCUUUCGCUUCGCCCGUCAUCCCAUCUUUGCUUCGCCCGUCGUCCCGACUUUGCAUCGCUGGUCGUCCCGUUUGCGCCCGUCGUCCCGUCUUCGCAUCGCCCGUCGUCCCGUCUUUGCAUCGCCCGUCGUCCCGUCUUUGCAUCGCCCGUCGUCCGGUCUCCACCUCGCCCAUCGCCCCGUCUUCGCCUCCCCUUCGUCACCUCGUCUUCGUGGUAUGGUUGUUUGUUUUAUGUUGUAUUAUGUCUUGCAAAUUGACCCGUUGGCUGCCACCCACCCACUUUGGUCCCCUUUUUUUUGUAGCUUGACAGGGACGGGCCGCGCUGUUCUACUCCAUGGUCUAUCUGCCAUGGGGUGGAGCAGCGCCACUGCCCAAGAUUGGCCGAAUGGCCCCAAAGGCAAUGCACCACAGGGAAUCCCUUGAUCGAGACGGCGAUGUAGACCUGGGAUGUGCAUUUCCGUAAAGGUCUCAUCGCCGUCUCAACCCGGCCCACCCGGCCCCCUUGGUCGCU